AAAGCAGCUGCUCGGACCCGCCUGUUGUUUUUGCGCUCUUAAUAUUUUAUUUUGUGCUGUGCGUUUUUAACAUAUUCCCCGCUGUGUUAAUAACGAUGCAACAAUCGUGCGUGUGGCAACAAUUUGCAUAUUUACAGCCAACGCGAUCCGAAAGCGCCGCAUAGGCAAACAUAGGCGAAAACGUAUGGCGAGAAACAAUGUAAUGAAGAAGGGUCAGAGAGUUCAAAGAGGAGAGGGAACUACACCCAUCGUACAAAAAAAACAAUAUUACGCUCAAUCUUCUCCUAUUUAAUGUUUACUCGUUUGCUCAGCAGUUAAAUCACUCCCACAUCGAAUUCCUGCAACAAGGAUAUCGCCUUUACACUUAGGGCUCUUGGCCAUGCCAUGUGGCGAGAAUUGCAGCAGCUGCCGCCAUCGCUAUAUUUAAUCCAGCGGCUGGGGUAAGGCAGAAGCAAGGAAGCAGAAACGAGCACAGAAGCAGCAACAGAAGGCUGUUAAACGUUGCGACCUUCGUACACAACCCACAACCCAGACUCUUUCCAUAACCAUAGAGCCCUACCCAUCUAAAGCUGUUUUUGCUGCAGUGUCUGCCUUAGUCAUCGGGGGACGAGGAGGAUGACAGCCGGCCCAAGGGAAAAGCGGCACAACGAACCCCAUGCGGAAGCAAAGCAGCCAUCAAACAAACAGUUGGCUAAUUAAUAUAACAUUCAGAGCCAACGGCAGAAAAAAGGGUAUCUACUAGACAAAAUGUUCAAGAUUAGGCAGAGGAAUUGUAUGCUGAUUGUGACGGCCCUCGUUCUGGCGCCCUGCAUUGUUAUACUGAUGGUGAUGGCACCAGAACUAUCCACCGAACAGUCGUUGACGCAGCGACUGGCCGAGUGCCAUAUGCGUCUGCAGUACCUGGAGUCCAUGUACAGGGCCAGACAGGAGGACGUGGCCCUGCUCUCCCAGUACUUGGGUCAGCUGCAGUCGGGAAACGGGAGCGCGGCGAGUCCCCCGCCGCCACUGCCAGUGGCCAAUCUGCUUGUCGGACUCAGUCCCGAGGCGAGACAGCUGCUGAGGAAUGCCUCGCACGCAGCGAAAGGUGGAGGAUGGAAUGGUACGAUGGCCAGGGGCCAGAAUAUACGGUUGCCCAACGCCUACCACUUUCUCCCUCAUCUCCUGGACGAUGCGGGGUCUCUCCGUCCAGCCUACCUGCAGAGCAAAGGCCGCACUGAUGUUAGCAUCGUUCUAGGGGUCCCCACAGUGCACCGGGAGAAGCAGUCCUAUCUUCUCGGAACCCUGCACAACCUGAUAGAGAACAUGAAUGAUGAGGAACAGAACGAGACGCUCAUCAUUGUGUACAUCGGUGAGGCGGAUCUUGACGCAGUGCAGCUAAUAGCCCGGCAGAUCGAGACCAGCUUCGAACAGCAGGUGGAGAGCGGACUGAUCGAUAUCAUUGCGCCAGCUUCCAGCUAUUAUCCAAACUUUGAGCGGCUGCGCAUCACGCUGAAUGAUCCGCUGGAGCGUGUGAAGUGGCGCAGCAAACAAAACCUGGACUUUGCCUACCUGAUGGCCUAUGCCCAUUCGAAGGGCACUUUCUAUGUGCAGCUGGAAGAUGACAUCCUAACCAAGCGCCAGUUCAUUACCACCAUGAAAAAGUUCGCCCUAAUCAAGAGUGCCCUGACCAAGCCGGAUCAGCCUGCCUGGUUUGUCCUGGACUUUUGCCAGCUCGGCUUCAUUGGCAAGAUGUUCAAGAGCGCCGAGCUACCCUACCUGAUCACCUACUUCCAGAUGUUCUACAACGACAAGCCCGUCGACUGGCUACUCACAUACUUCAUUGAGUCGAAGGUCUGUCGCACCGACAAGGACCAGAAGCACUGCAACCAGGAGAAGGCCAAGUACUGGCAGCACUUUCGUAAGUCGUUGUUUCAGCACAUCGGCACCAGCUCCUCUCUAAAAGGAAAGGUUCAGAAGUUGAAGGACAAGCAGUUUGGCAGCAAAGUGCCCCAGUACUAUGCCCACACCCACAACCCUCCGGCGCUAGUAAAGUCCAACAUUGCGCCGUACAAGAACUAUCUGUUAAAGCGUGCAUAUCGCGGGGAAUCCUACUUCUGGGGUCUGCUGCCGCAGCCUGGCGACCUCGUGCAGUUUGUCUUUGAGCAGCCCACACUCCUGCGACGUUACCUCUUUCGCAGCGGCAAUUCCGAGCACCCCUCGGACCGGUUCUACAACACCACAGUGGAGCUGUUGCCGGCGGACACUCUAAGCGAAAACUCGUCCGUAUGGAGCAACUACAACACAACCACCGAUGGCUACUUGAUAGUGGGAUCCUUUGAUCACUUGGGCGUUGCCGAGGGCUUGCUGGACCCCAAGAUCGGUUCCAUCAAAGAGCUGCGUCUACAUGUCCACUCCGACAGUGAGAACUGGGCCCUACUUAGCGAAAUUGAGCUUCAGGAGCUGACCAAUGAUGGCAGGUCGGAGGCGAAUUUGGCCAAGCCGCGAUUCGUGGCAGGCAGCUGAUUGCUGCAUCGCCACAGGCAGCGUCAGGAAGUGGAGGAUUGACAGCUUCUGCUCUUGAUCCUGCCUAUAUCCCUAGUCCCCCUCCAUAAUUGUCUAUAUUUGUAUGUCUGCGUGUAUAUUUUUCGAAUGAUGCUUUUACCCUCGAGUAUCUCAAUGUGUAAAUAUUCUCCAAGAAUUUAACGCUCUCUCCCUAAGCUGUAAGCAGUCAACGGAUGGGCGGGACUUGUGACGGCCUGCAGGCUCUUGUCAUGGUCUCUCCUGAUAUCUCCAGCAUGCCCAAAACCAAUUUGUGUAUGUACCAGCAAUGUCCCGAGCUUGCAGUCUUGCAAUAAGUCCCCGUCCCCACCAACAUAAUUCUCUCAUUGUAUUCCAGCAUUAUAUAUCCAAAAUGUAUUCUAUAUGCUUCAAGUGUUCAUACUCGUUCAUACUCAUAACUGAAGCGGCUCCCCUCAAUUCCGAUGUUAUUAGUUUAUUCUGUUUUAGUUGUAAGUGUUUUCUUUACUUUAUUAGCAGAUGCAAAAGAUGCAAUUGAAUCUUAAAAGUAUUUUAUUAUUGCUGGCAUCGAUCAAAUUGAGUAUUUAUUGUUAAAACUAUAAUUUCUGGCUUUCAAGAACUUCAUUAGGAACGCCUCUUUCAUCUGAAGACCGCCAUACUAACCACAUAUAAAUAUACAUCUACAUAUUUAUGUAUGUAUGCAUAGUCCUAAAAACACAAUGAAACGAUUUUCAAGCAUUGUUGCUUUAUUACUGUGAUUUGUUAAUAAUUUUUGCAUGCAUAUUAAAAAAUACUACAUAUAAAUAUAUACGUAUACACAAAUUAC